UCGUCUAAUAUUCUGUUUUCGAUGUUUUCGAUAGCGCGAACGGGUCCUUGCUCAUGGGUAUUGUGGACUUGCUGUGGAUGUGCUUUGAGAAUCCCAUGUACCAUGACCAGCAACUGUGGGAGAGCAACGGCUUGCAUGGCUACGAAUGGAUGAAUGCGUGGAAUCAUCAUUCAUCAUAGCUCCUCAUAUAAUUCUAAGACUAGAAGUCGGUGUAUAGCUGCGUGUGCACGGUAAGGGCGCGCGCUGCACCAUGGGGUUUAGUGCAUUGCGGCGAGAAAAGAAGGCAAUUGCCAAGGCCCAAGGCCCAAGGCCCAAAUGAGUACGAAAACGCCCCUGUAUCACAAUAGAACUUCCACUCUGGUCGUUGCUAAUCAGGGAUGAUGUGCAUUGCGUUGUAUAAGCAAAGUCUUUCUGCCUUCAUGGUGCUUGAUCUAAUCACUUUUCUGAAAAGUUUCCCACCUCCCUCCCCGCGUUCUUCACCAUGGACUGCAACUACGAUCCGUCUUGGACGUUUGAUUCCCAAGCCUGUUUAGCUUUACCCACGGAUGCGGUCACAUCAACAUCUGACUUCGUGUUGUAUAAUCCUCGCCGUGUCACACCUACAACCCUCACGAAAUACUCCAGAUACAUAGGUCUAACGGAGAGGACCAAUCCAACAAGUCAGACAACAUUGACUCAGAUGGGGUAUAACCCUGACAUAUAUAUGAAUCCCACAGGCCCGACGCCAACUCAAUUCAAUGGUUGUCUACCUGGGCCGACGUCUUGUAGUGAGCGCUAUACUGGCGAAGCGUGCCCAACGCCAUAUGAGGAGAUAUACGUAGAAGUAUAUGAAAGCAUGCGAACAGCAUACUGCUGCUUUAGUCUUACCUCGUCAAAUGCUGAUAGAUUUUUUCCGCGAUAUACUCUGCCUGUGAAGUAUUCAGAAGCUCCCGCUUCUGAAACAUUCAACACUGUCGUUGAUCUUUGUGUAUAUUCGUGGGCCGCAAAGGAUCCCCUAUCGAUGUUUCCUUUGGAGCGCAUUCCACCACGCCCAGAAGUAUAUCCCCAUCAAUAUCAAUUGACAAUGCGACCUUUCAAGGUCCACUGGAACGAAUCGGCUCCACCCGUACCCGUUAAGAGCGGUCUCGAGACCAGCGCAAAGAUUAGCAUAGGAGUAGGAGUUGGGGUUGGCGCUUUCGUUUUGAUCGCCACAAUCACAUCAAUAGUUUACCUACUUCGGCGACUUCGACAACAGAAAAUGCGAGCGGAGGAUAGCGAAGAUUCCGCUACGAUCAAAGCAGAAUUACCCAGUCAUCACGUCAGUGAAGCGCAAGGACAAAACAUCUAUCAAUUGAGUGAUCGAUUGACAGCUGAGUUGACCGGAGAAUGUACUGAGAUGGAUGGCGUAGCGCGUGCAGAAAUGGCGGGGUGCGACAGUGGCAAAUGGAUUAAGGCAAAUCAGGUUCAUGAGAUGCAAGACACUAGUCUUCCCGCAGAAGUCUCUGGGGACAUCAAAUAUAAGAAAUGAAGGUGAUCAGUCAAAAGAAAAAAAUUCAUACUCUACGUGAUAAAAGUGACCUGCUUACAUUGCUCAUGCUGACUUUGAGCUGAUUGAUGGGAGACAUCGUCAUUGAUAAGACCAGAUACAAACAUCACGCACGGAUCGAACACAGCGAUUUGCUUAUAGUGUCACUCAACAAGUGCGUAGUCUUUGGGCAAUUCACUAGUGUUUUUUGAAUGUGUUGUGCCUGAUCUCAUUGAUCGACAUAGCUUUCAACUUUUGACAGACAGGAUUUGGCUGGCAGUGUGGACAUUUAAAAGCUAAUCCGUUUUGACCUUCUGCCUUCUAUGUACAUUUCGUAAGAUAUAUUGGUAUGAGCGGACUCCGACCGGGACUUUUGGGGGUAACGUUACAAUGCGCAUUGCAGAUCUUGGCUACCACAUACUCACCCAUGGGGGCCAAAGUAGUGAGAAACCAGGCAAACGCCACAGUCCAUUUGAGUUAUAUUUGAAUUGCAUAUGCGCAAACCGUGAGGCAUACGUUCGUGACCCAGUCCGCGAAGGGGGCGCUGAACAUAGCUGCUACGAAACAUAACAGUACAAUUAUCGGGGUUGAUUGCAAGCUGUUGGGAAACUCUGUGUAUGACUAACACUCCGUAUUAGUAGCUGCGAGGACAUCGUGUUGACUACGUAUCGACAUUUUGCCUUGCUAUUCUGUUCAGGGUCCGUAUUGAUUGAAUUGCAUAUUUUUUUUGUAUUGUUUCGUCGAUCACAGGUUACACGAGUUGCACCAACGCUGACACAAGGGGGUGCUAAGUGCGGUGCGCGUCACUGUUGGUGAGCAAAGCAGGCAAAUGGACAUGGAGGAUAACUAGCCUGCUCGCCGCACCUAGCGAGAGUUUUAGCCGCCAGACUUCUGGUACACGGCAUUUUUACUUGUAGGGACCCCCGACAACUGCAAAUUUCACACCAACUACGUUCGUUGCACUAUAAAGCGAAGACCGGACGCCGUUAUUUCACCUUCUGCGCAAACACUGCCCCGACUAAGUUUAU